AUGGCCAACUCCGGUAGCCGUAGGAACAACGACCCCGAGAGAGCUCGUUGCGUCAGAUCCGACGCCGCCCGUGAGCGCGCCGUCCGCCAAUACACGCAGUGGGGCCAUACGCCGCCGUUGUCGCUCCUCCGUCGCGAGACAAAGGAGUACGACCGCGCGCGCGGCCGCCUCUUCUCCGGCAACUACUUCGAAGCGUCGAGCUCGCGCUUGUGCUCCUCCCUCCCCCCGGUGAAGAGGGAGCUCGAAGAGCUCCCAUCGGUGAAGAUGGAGCCGGAGGCCGAGGCGGUGCCGGAGGGACGUGUCGGGGCCGUCGUCGGACCGGAGGAUUUCCUCCCUCCGGCAAAGGCGGAAAGCCUUUUGCCUGUGCUGCUGGCGCGGAGUGGACGAGAGGCGAAAGAGGACCAGCAGCGCCGCCAGAGGGAGAACAACACGGGCCAAUUACCAGAUGGAUUGCAAAUCGCGGUUAAAAGGCUUGCCUCACAUUCAGGGCAGGGUUUUACAGAAUUCAAAAAUGAAGUUGAACUUAUUGCAGAACUGCAACACAAUAAUCUUGUCAGGCUCUUAGGAUGCUGCAUUCAGGGAGAGGAAAAACUAUUGGUGUACGAAUAUUUGCCAAAUAAGAGCUUGGACAUCUUUAUAUUUGAUAAAAACAUGACAACUAUUAUUGAUUGGAACACAAGAUGUGUUAUAAUCGAAGGGAUAGCCCAAGGCCUUCUGUAUCUCCACAAGCACUCUCGGCUACGCAUCAUAUAUAGAGACCUUAAGGCCAGCAACAUUCUUUUGGACCAGGACAUGAAUCCUAAAAUUUCUGAUUUUGGCCUGGCAAAAAUAUUCAGCUCCAAUGAUACCCAGGGAAGCACAAAGAGGGUAGUGGGAACACAUGGUUAUAUGUCUCCGGAGUAUGCAUGUGAAGGCAUUUACUCAAUCAAAUCUGAUGUGUUCAGCUUUGGUGUGUUACUUCUUGAGAUCCUUUGUGGAAAAAGGAAUUCUGGUUUCUAUCAGUACGGAGACUUUCUUUCUCGCUUUCUGUGGUUAUGGCAACUCUGGGAAGGACGAACAUGGGUUGAAAUUCUAGAUGCAUCAAUUGUAAAGGAGAUCCAUACAUCAGAUGCUAGGAGAUAUAUUAACAUUGGACUGUUGUGUGUACAAGAAAGUGCGGAUGAUCGACCCACCAUGUCAGAUGUCGUUGGAAUGUUAAACAACGAUGGUAUUAUUCUCCCCGAACCAAAUCAUCCAGGAUACUUCAACCUAAGGGUAUCUAAGACACAUGAGUUUUUUGUCCCAUGUAGUAAUAAUGAUGUAACCAUCACUGAGGAGCCAUAUGGUAGAUAG